UUUUUUCACCCUAUUAAUUCAAUACACCUUCUUCAUGGCCUUCAUAGUUGCAAGUACUUCCUAAACAUACAGUGCGAGAGCUAAAGAUCGAGCUAUCUUAGCUUUCAUCAAUGGAGAGGCAAACUUGGAAAGAAAAGAUGCUCAACAAGAAUGCUGAUGAAGUUGAAGAUGACUCAGACGAAGAUGAGACUACUGGCCACGGUAGUGGGUUGAUCAGCAUAAGAUUUGAAGGCAAUGAGAAGCACAAGGUCAACACAGCUGGGAGUACUGCAGGAAAGAAAUCAGGAUCCGCUGGGGGAGGUGGAGGUGGAGCAUCGUCAGCACCGAGUUGCCAAGCAGAUAGGUGUGGUGCUGAUUUGGGAGAUGCAAAGAUCUACCAUCGCCGCCAUAAGGUUUGUGAGUUUCACUCCAAGGCUGCUAUUGUGGUCGUCUCGGGGGCUCGACAGAGGUUUUGUCAGCAAUGCAGCAGGUUCCAUGAGCUAGCGGAGUUUGAUGAAGCAAAGAGAAGCUGCCGCCGACGUUUGGCAGGCCACAAUGAGAGGCGCCGCAAGAGCUCAGGUGAUCCUUACGGAGAGGGCUCAAGCCGCAGGGGUAUCAAUCAUCAAUACCGAUCAGAGAGUGCUCAGGCUACUGCUACGAAAUAUCAUUUGACAUCCCCAACCCCAGGAAACUCUGCUAAUUCGAAGCAUUUCCAGAUCAGAUAAUUAGUCGUCGCCAAUUGUCACUGUGCUCUCAGCUUGCUCCCUCUCUUCUGUCAUCCAUGGCUUCUUCGAUCUACCAUAUGACGUCUGUUCCUAGCUAUAUAAUUAAGCUUUACGAUGAGAAUAGGGUUCCUAUCCGAGAUAAUUAAGUACGUAUGUAUAAUUAGCUAUCCUACCUAGCUAGAGCUACAAGCCUACAACCCUUAGGUUGAUGCUUUGUUUAAGGUUGGUGCUUUGUUUCCAGAUCAAACAGCACUUGCCAUGUGGAGUUGUGGACUAUGCAAGCUAAAUGUAACUUAUGGACCUUAUGGUUGUUAUGAUCCAGGCUCAGACAUAUAUGUUUAAUAAGGUACGGUGAUUGUGCUGUUGUUUUCAACA